GCACAUAUGCGCCGGUACUCACGUGGGGGCAGGGUCUGUACGCGCACGUGUCACGCCUGACCUGAGAAGCAUCUUCAGGGACGCAGGGCGCAAAACCUCGCACACAUGCGGGACACCUAUACACGUAACUAACAAGGCUUACUGGUACAAGAAGGAAAUUGGAACAAGUGGAAAAAGUAAGAUUGAAACUGAUGGACAUUGUAUGGGCCAGAGGCAGGGAUGGUUGGCUAUGACCCCAAAGCUGAUGGCAGGAAUAUCUCCAGUUUUGAGGUGGCUCUGGCUGGGUCUGUGUCUGGACUUGUCACUCGGGUGAUGAUCAGCCCCUUGGAUGUCAUCAAGAUCCGUUUCCAGCUUCAGAUUGAGCGCCUGUCUCGCAGUGACCCCGGUGCAAAAUACCAUGGGAUUCUACAGGCUGGGAGACAGAUUUUGCAGGAGGAAGGCCCCACAGCAUUCUGGAAAGGACACGUCCCAGCGCAGCUUCUCUCUAUAGGCUAUGGAGCUGUCCAGUUUCUGUCGUUUGAACUGCUGACUGAGCUGGUGCACAAAGCCACCACGUAUGAUGCCCGUGACUUCUCAGUGCACUUUGUGUGUGGAGGCCUGUCUGCCAGCGCUGCCACCCUGGCCGUGCAUCCUGUGGACGUGCUGCGCACUCGCUUUGCAGCUCAGGGUGAGCCCAAGGUGUAUAAAACCCUGCGAGACGCCGUGGUGACCAUGUACCGGACCGAAGGCCCCUUGGUUUUCUACAAAGGCUUGAACCCCACCCUGAUCGCCAUCUUCCCCUACGCCGGCUUCCAGUUCUCCUUUUACAGCGCCUUGAAGCACGUGCACAAGUGGGUGCUGCCCGCCGAGGGAAGGAACAACGAGAACCUCAGAAACCUGCUCUGUGGUAGCGGAGCUGGAGUCCUCAGCAAGACCCUCACAUACCCCCUGGACCUCUUCAAGAAACGGCUGCAGGUUGGCGGGUUUGAGCGGGCCCGAGUCACCUUUGGCCAGGUUCGCAGCUACAGGGGCCUCCUGGAUUGUGCCCAGCAGGUGCUCCAGGAGGAAGGCCCCACGGGCCUCUUCAAGGGCCUGUCCCCAAGCCUGCUGAAGGCUGCUCUCUCCACCGGCUUCGUGUUCUUCUGGUAUGAGCUCUUCUGUAGCCUCUUCCACCACAUGAAGAAGGCAGACAGCUAGCCCCCAGGGCAGGAAGGGCGGCCUCCGGAAGGAAGGCAGACUCCUGUACCAUCUCUUGCUGCCCCGAGGGCUGUUGCCUGCUCCCUGCCUGCCGGGCGGCUCUGCCGUGACUAGAAGGGCAGGGGCCUUCUCGGGGGGAUGCAGGGCUUGGCCUGUGGGGACGCAGCCACGUUGGUCCAAAGGAACUUGAGGAGCUUUCUCUGUGUGGUCCUGGCUUGCAGGAAAGGCAGCAGCGACCCCCCUGCACUUCUCAGCACCUUCUGCCCAGAGAACUCUCCGGGCUGUGGGGGUGGAGGGGCCACGGCUGGAGCCUGAGGGCUGGGAUUGGGCCCUGUGCGGGGGCCUGGUCCUCUCAUGUGCGCUCUUACUCCCACCGGCUAAUUUAAUACACACCGAAGCUACAAGCACAUUCCUUAUUUCACUCCAUCUUCCCUUCCACAUCACGUCCCUCCUCACAGAGUAUGAGGGAGGGAACCCUUGGCUUCCUCAGAUUCCAUUUUUCUCAGUACUUGCAUCCCUCAUGCAGCUUUGCUUCUGGUUCUGAGGGGAAGAAUUAGUCACUUUAUAGCCCCCGCCCCCCAUGCCCAGGUCCCCCUCUCUGUGAAGUCCCGCUCAGGCUGUUCUCUCUCCUGGGUGGGACAGAGCGUGGCUAGAGGGCCUCUGGGUAAAACAGAUCCCGGCGGCCCACAAGAAGUGGGGGGCUGUGCUGAUGGGGAGGAGCUGUGGGGUAAAGAUGGCGGCCUUUUUCCCCAGUCUGCCUGGGGUCACUCACUCCUCUUCCAUGGGGUGGGGGCGGGAGCCUUACAGCUGGACCUGUUGGCAUCACCUGCCCGCUCAGCGUCCC